CAGCAACUCGCCUCCACCCAAUUACUUUUUUAUACCAGCAGUACUAAUGUCGUCCGAGAAACCCAAGCACCGCUUCGAGACACUGGCGCUGCACGCCGGGCACACGCCCGACUCGGCGUCGAAUUCCCGCGCAGUGCCCAUCUACCAGACCUCCAGCUUCGUGUUCAACAACGCCGAGCACGGCGCCAACCUGUUUGCGUUGAAGGAGUUGGGCAACAUCUACUCGCGCAUCGGCAAUCCGACCACCGACUCGGCGCAGUUCGUCGUGGCAGCCACGCUGUGCGAGCCCGGCGACAACAUCGUCAGCACCAGCUACCUGUAUGGUGGCACGUACAACCAGUUCAAGUUCGUGUCGGGCGACGAUGUCGACGAGCUCGAGGCGCUGAUCGACGACCGCACCAGAGCCGUGUAUAUCGAGACCAUCGGAAACCCAAAGUACAACGUCCCGGAUAUCCGCCGGAUUGCCGACGUCGCGCACAAGCAUGGCGUGCCGCUGGUGGUUGACAACACCUUUGGCAUGGGUGGGUACCUGGCGCGGCCCAUCGAGCACGGCGCUGACAUCGUCACCCACUCGGCCACCAAGUGGAUCAACGGCCACGGCACCACUGUCGGCGGAGUCGUCAUUGACGCUGGAACGUUCCCGUGGAACAACGGCAAGUUCCCCGCCUUUACCGAGCCAUCCGACGGCUACCACGGACUGCGCUUCUGGGAGACCUUCGGUCCCGAGGGCCCGUUCAAGGCCAACAUUGCCUUCAUUACGCGCGCACGCGUCGAGAUCCUGCGCGACCUGGGACCGUGUGCCACGCCCUUCGCCGCAUGGCUGUUCGUCCAGGGCCUCGAGACGCUGCCGUUGCGUGGCGAGCGUCACAACACCAAUGCCCUGGCGCUGGCGCGCUGGCUGGCACAGCACGAGUCGGUCUCCUGGGUCUCCUACCCCGGCCUGGAGGACCACCCGUAUCACGAGAACGCAAAGAAGUACCUGGUCAACGGCUUCGGCGGCGUGCUGAGCUUUGGCGUCAAGGGUGGCGCUAGUGCUGCCUAACGCCUUCGUUUCGGCGCUCAAGCUGACGUCCCACCUCGCUAACGUAGGCGAUGGAAAGACAUUGGCCAUCCAGCCCACUGCUACGACGCACCAGCAGCUGUCGGACGAGGAGCAGCUGGCUUCCGGCGUCACCCCCGACCUUAUCCGCGUGUCGGUCGGCCUUGAGCACAUCGAUGACAUUAAGGACGAUUUUGAGCAAGCCCUGCGCGCCUCGCAGGUAUAAAAUGUAGAGCGCUA